CUUUUUGUGCCAGAUAAAACAUGGAAGUUAUGAUCAAAUGUGGACCAGGUGCCCUCGCCUUAUAACGUUACGUCUAUUUGAAAGAUUCGGACGCCACCUACUGGACAAACACGGAAACGCACUUGGUGUAAAUUCCAUAAUACAUAAUUUAAUAUUUGUGCGAGGAGAAAUCUCCAUGUGUUCAGCAGUUCACGGGGUCCACACCACGUGAACUGCUGCCAGCUUCCUUACAACCAUUUCUCUCUCUGGACCAACACAAAGUGACAGAUGGCUUCCUGCGACAAGGUCACGUUGCAGAACGGACGACCGCACUUUGCACGUUCAGCGUUAAAAAAAAAGAAAAAAAAGGCAGCCGGAAUAAAAAGACAGUCAAAAGAAAACAUCUCAUGAGGCUCCUUGGUUUAUUAAAAAAAAAAUAGUCUCUUCCACUUAGUGCAACAACUCCAGGGCUAUUUGGAAUCUUCUUCAGAGAGUCCUCGCCUUGACAACCGGCCUGCAUCACAAUAAUCCACCGGUGUUUAUUUUUAGAAGCUCUCGGCCGCGGGCACACGCACACGCACACGCGUGAUCCUGCGGUCAAUAAUUCAUAUGUCGGGCCGCAGCGGCGCCGACUCACACAGCGGGCUACAGGCAGGACGGCCAUAAGCGCAGCGCGCGAUGAAACUCCGCGAGGCGGCAAAGGACGCAGAGACACGACGCGCAGGCCCCCCCGAGAGUGACCCGGACCCUCUGCUGAAAAGGACGAGUGACGAUAUGACCACUAUGAGGGCAAUCUAUGAGACCCAGAAAUGGAUAAAACCAGCCCCAAAUGCCCCACCACCAUCAUCAUCAUCUGUGACUCCCAGAGGCCACCUGAGAGGCAGCAGCAGCAUUGCACACAUGUGCUUUAAAACAAACCAGAGGACAUCCAAGGAGGACUACACAACAGUGUACCAAAGCGAUUUCCCCGUGUGGAAAGUGCAAAAGUGCCUUCCGUUCAAGCAAGCCAACAGCUUCAAGGUGAAACAUGGGUUAGUCCUCACCGACGACCCCUCCAAAGAUCGCUGCCAGAAAGACGGGGAUCAAGCUGAAGCCAACUCCAAGCUGGUCCCACCUUUCGAAAAGGUCACCACCUACAGAUGUGACUACGUCAACCACCCAGUGCAGAGCACAGUGAGGCUGAAGCCUGUGCACAACACCAAAGGUCUGCUGUCCCAUCCCGCUGCGCCUCCCAAACCAACGGCGGCAGGGGAAGUGGACCGAGACAUUUUUGACGAAACCAGGGCAUUAUCCGCAGCGGUCAACAACAGGUUCGCCGAAAACAAGCUCCAGGGGACAGGCGAAGCCCCAAAAACGAGUCCCCCCGCAGACCGCCCGGAACACAGGUACGCAGGUGCCAACCCGGCCCGGGCAUCGAGGCAAGCCGGAGAGGGAGGCAAGCGUUCCUUGUGGGGAAACACAACCAUGAAGGAGGAUUACAAAUAUUGGAAGAUGCCACCCUUCUCCGCUGUCCGCAAAGACGCCGACUGGCCCAAGAAACCCAGCUUCUCACCGGGCCCGACCAAGCCGGCCAAGGGCAGCAAAACCACUCGGGCGCCAUUCGCCACCAACGCGACCAAGCGCCCCGCGGAGAAGCAAGCGCGCGCCGCCACGGACCGCAACCCCCCGGGCACAGGCGGGUCCAGGAUGUGCUGCUGGACCAGCUCUUUGGCCAAUGGCGGCGGCAUCGGUGGGGGGCCCAAGGAGUCCCACCAAAUGAUCAGCUACAUGAUUUCUAGCAGAAGCUGAGCUUUUGUGGAGAGCAGGCUGAUGAGAUGGGGGCCGGGCCACCCAUCACAUCAGGUAGCUUCCGCCUUGACAAGAAUAAAAAGCCAUUAACGCAACAAAGAUUAUGUAACGGCAGCUAUUUUUGUACCAUUAAGCGGCUCACUGAUACUCCUAAGCACAAAUCAUUUUGAGUGUUAUGCAAUCUACUCGACAGCAUUUUAUAUUGCGGUUGGGAAACGAGUUACACAGCUCGAUGUGGUCUUUCACAGGGAUUACUAAAUAGUAUUUGAAUAAAUAAAUCUGCUGAACAGUGAUCAGCUGAACUUUUCAUCUAUGAUGAACACUACAGUGACAUGGCAAUCGCUUGGAGUGAGCACAUGGUCAACGCUUUUCAUUCAUUUUAAACUCAAACUAUACAGCAAGGGCACCCAGGUCAUCAAUACCAAACAACGGAUGCCGUAAUAAUUUAAAAAAUGAUAUUUUUAUUUAAAAAAAACGAAGGCAAAUAUCCUGAAAAGGAAAAGCCAUGACCUGGACACGUCUUUACGGUGACAUCAUUCACAUUCAUAUCAAAACACAACCUAUUAAAAAAAAAAAAAAAAGAA